CUCACAUAUAAUUAGAUCAGUGGGAGAAGGCAGCCGAGGCUUUUCGGUUUUCUCAUUCCCUCAACCUUUUCUUCUUCCCCCAUUCCUCUCUCUCUCUCUCUCUCUCUCUCUCUCUCUCUCUCGUUGUUCGUCUUCCGGGAAAGGCUCGGUGAGUGUGUGUGUCGAUUUCUCUCUGAAACUCACUGUUCGUCGGCGGGGACUGUGACUGGGGUUUUCUUCGUUGAGGUUUUGAAAAUUGAAAUGGUGAGGAAGAGGAGAACUGAUCAUCCAGGUGGCGGUGAAGGCUCAGAGUCCUCACCUGGAUCUGAUCAUGGCCCAGAGCAGCAGUCAUCUGAGAGGAGUGGUCCACCUCAGCAAGGUGGUCGAGGUGGAGGUUCCCAAGGUGGUCGUGCCGCUGGUUACCUAGGUGGUCGUGGCGCUGGUUCCCAAGGUGGUCGUGGUGGAGGGCCUCCGUAUCAGCAGCAAGGUGGACGGGGAGGUGGUUAUGGCGGUCGAGGCCGUGGUGCUCCCCAGAACAAUCCAUAUUAUGGAGGGUCUGGAGAGUAUCAAGGUAGGGGAAGAGGAGGGCCACCCCAGCAAGGUGGUCGAGGUUAUGGUGGUGGUCGGAAUGGUGGCCGUGAAGGAGGACCUCCUUACAGUGGACCAUCUAGAUCACAAGUUCCCGAUCUGCCCCAAGCAACCCCACCACCUUUUCAAGUUGGGUUGAGCCCUCAGCCCAGACAUACAGAGGCUAGCUCAUCUCAGCCUCCUGACCCUUCAACAGCAGCAAUAUCACAGCAGGUUCAGCAACUAACGAUUCAAGAAGAAUCAUCUGGCCAGGCUAUUCAGGCUGCACCUCCUGCCUCAAGCAAGUCUGUCAGAUUUCCCAUUCGCCCUGGCAAGGGUACUGUGGGCUCAAGAUGUGUUGUGAAAGCUAAUCAUUUCUUUGCGGAGCUUCCUGACAAGGAUUUGCACCAAUAUGAUGUAACCAUUACUCCUGAGGUUACUUCGAGAGGUGUCAAUCGUGCUGUCAUGAACCAGUUGGUCACAUUGUACCGAUAUUCACAUCUAGGAGAGCGUCUUCCUGCUUAUGAUGGACGGAAGAGUUUGUACACUGCUGGGCCCCUUCCUUUCACAUCAAAAGAAUUCCGUAUCACCCUGAUUGAUGAAGAUGAUGGAACAGGCGGUCAAAGGAGAGAGAGGGAGUUCAAAGUGGUAAUAAAGUUGGCAGCACGGGCGGACCUGCACCAUUUGGGUCUCUUUCUACAGGGAAAGCAAGCUGAUGCACCGCAGGAAGCGCUCCAAGUUCUUGACAUUGUCCUGCGCGAGUUGCCCAAUGUGAAUUACACCCCAGUUGGGCGAUCGUUUUAUCAUCCUGAUAUUGGAAGAAGGCAGCCUCUUGGUGAAGGUUUGGAGAGCUGGCGUGGUUUUUAUCAAAGUAUUCGGCCCACUCAAAUGGGACUGUCACUGAAUAUUGAUAUGUCUUCCACUGCAUUCAUUGAGCCACUGCCGGUUAUUGAAUUUGUGACUCAACUGUUGAAUCGUGACGUCUCCUCUAGGCCAUUAUCAGAUGCUGACCGUGUGAAGAUUAAAAAGGCUUUGAGAGGUGUGAAGGUUGAAGUGACUCACCGUGGAAAUAUGCGACGGAAGUACCGUAUAUCUGGUUUAACAUCACAGGCAACUAGAGAGUUGACUUUUCCUGUGGACGAAAGAGGAACCAUGAAAUCUGUUGUGGAGUACUUCUAUGAAACUUAUGGCUUCGUCAUUCAGCAUACUCAAUGGCCCUGUCUGCAAGUUGGAAAUCAACAAAGGCCCAACUAUUUACCCAUGGAGGUUUGUAAGAUUGUGGAGGGUCAGCGGUACUCAAAGAGGUUGAAUGAGAAACAGAUCACUGCUUUGUUAAAGGUGACCUGUCAGCGUCCCAAGGAAAGAGAGAAUGAUAUUAUAGAGACUGUCCGUCAUAAUGCUUAUCACAAGGACAAAUAUGCGAAGGAGUUUGGUAUCAAGAUCAGUGAUAGGCUUGCUAAUGUCGAAGCUCGUAUACUGCCUGCUCCAUUGCUGAAAUAUCAUGACACUGGUAGAGAGAAGGAUUGUCUACCCCAAGUUGGACAGUGGAACAUGAUGAACAAGAAAAUGGUCAAUGGUGGAACAGUGAACAAUUGGAUUUGCAUUAACUUCUCUCGACACAUCCAAGACAGUAUGGCCCGUGGAUUUUGUUAUGAACUUUCUCAGAUGUGUCAAACUUCUGGAAUGCAAUUUAACAGUGAGCCGGUGCUUCCUCCCAUCAGUGGUAGACCAGAGCAAGUUGAGAGGGUGCUCAAAACGAGGUACCAUGAUGCUAUGAUGAAGCUGCAGCCAGUGGGGAAGGAGCUUGAUCUGCUUAUUGUUAUCCUCCCUGAUAACAAUGGAUCUCUUUAUGGGGACUUGAAGCGGAUAUGUGAGACAGAUCUAGGGCUUGUGAGUCAGUGCUGCUUGACCAAACAUGUUUACAAAAUGAGCAAGCAGUACUUGGCUAAUGUAGCCUUGAAGAUAAAUGUCAAGGUUGGAGGAAGAAAUACUGUUUUGGUUGAUGCAAUUUCUCGACGUAUUCCUUUAGUUAGUGAUCGACCAACAAUCAUUUUUGGCGCUGAUGUUACUCACCCUCACCCUGGAGAGGAUUCGAGCCCCUCAAUUGCAGCUGUUGUUGCUUCUCAAGACUGGCCAGAGAUAACUAAAUACGCAGGUCUUGUUUGUGCUCAAGCACAUCGCCAGGAACUCAUUCAGGAUUUGUACAAGUCCUGGAAUGAUCCUGUCAGAGGCCCAGUAUCUGGUGGCAUGAUCAAGGAGUUACUAAUAUCUUUCCGCCGCGCAACCGGUCAAAAGCCACAGCGUAUUAUAUUUUACAGGGAUGGAGUUAGCGAGGGGCAGUUUUAUCAGGUUUUGCUGUAUGAACUUGAUGCUAUUCGGAAGGCUUGUGCUUCAUUAGAACCCAACUAUCAGCCUCCAGUAACUUUUGUUGUGGUGCAAAAGCGUCAUCACACAAGACUGUUUGCCAGCAAUCAUAAUGAUCGUAAUUCCGUUGACAGAAGUGGGAAUAUACUACCCGGUACUGUUGUGGACUCCAAAAUCUGCCAUCCAACUGAGUUUGAUUUUUACCUCUGCAGCCAUGCUGGUAUUCAGGGGACUAGCCGUCCGGCCCAUUAUCAUGUUCUGUGGGAUGAGAACAAGUUCUCUGCUGAUGCGCUGCAGUCACUGACAAAUAACCUGUGCUACACAUACGCCAGGUGCACCCGUUCGGUUUCUAUUGUGCCACCAGCGUACUAUGCUCAUCUUGCUGCCUUCAGAGCUCGUUUCUACAUGGAGCCAGAGUCAUCAGACAGUGGCUCUAUGACCAGUGGGACUCAAGAUUUUGGUCGUGGAGGUCCAGGAGGCGGGAGGGCUACUCGUGGCCCUGGUGCCAAUGCGUCUGUCAGACCAUUGCCUGCACUGAAGGAAAAUGUGAAGAAGGUUAUGUUCUACUGUUGAGUGGCUUUUCAAAUGGUAAUUAAGGAGAGGGGAGUGAGUGAGUGCGCUGAGGGGUGGAAGAACAGAUGUUUUGCAGUCGGUUGCAUUUUACUUUUUAGCAGAGAGUAUUGUCGAUAAUUUGUGCCUGCUCAUGCUCUUGCUACUGGUUUGAUCUAAUGAGCAGUGUGCUCUUUUGGUUUAUGUUGGGCAUUGUACGCUCGGAUGCAUUGCUAUGUUUAUACUACCGAAUUGGAUAUUGUUGUUGGUCUCUUAUACUACUGAGAAUUUACAUGGUGCAGUUGUUUAUUAUGUCGAAUGUUACCUGCUUUGCGCGAGUCAUGUUUCGGUCACUAUCGUUAUUUACCCAUUAGA